AUGGCCGAAUUCUCCCGGUUCGUAGCACGGAGUCCGACAACGAAGGAGAAAGCAGCUCUGUCUGCAGGUGGAGAGAACUCGGAAGUGAAGUGUAGCGAUGAAAAGAGGAAGCUAUCCUCUGUCUCUGAUUGGUUUAGGUUUGCAGAGGGGACUGUUGAAAUAACACGGAGUCCGACAACAAAGGAGAAAGCAGCUCUGUCUGCAGGUGGAGAGAACUCGGAAGUGAAGUGUAGCGAUGAAAAAAGGAAGCUAUCCUCUGUCUCUGAUCGGUUUAGGUAUCCGAAUCAAGUCACAGGUCAAAUCCAUUAUGUUAGGGUCACAUUAGGGUUGUGCAACCAUGGGUUAGGUUUGGCGGUGUUUGGUUUUGGUCAACCUGCUCGAGAAAUCAAUGAUUUGAAUCACGAAUCUCUUGAACUCGGCCAUUACCACUUUGACAAUGGGUUUGGAGAAGAUCCCCAUCCGAAAGCAAGUAAUCAUCCAUUUAAUUUAAUUUAUCCACCUGCCAUCUGUGAUACUAACUUAUCUCAGCAACUAGGCUCAUCUUCAUUCUGCGGAUGCAGAGGACCUAGCUACGGGACGCAGUCCCGUAGCGCCCCGGGACCGUACACCACGACUGAACCUCACCUGAACAAAUAUAAGACUGAACCUCACCUGAACAAAUGGGAGCCAUCCCAAGGUUUCGACGCCCAAGACCAAUCUCAGGCGCCGUGUAUCACUGGACCCACAAUAGAACCAAACGUCGCCUCAAACCCUUUCCAGGCGACGAAUCAUCAGUAUAACACUGCUGGUAUACAGGUACCACACACAUGUAAUGUAAUUUGCGCAGCCGCAGUUAGGUUAACAGCAGCUGCGGUUAACCUAACGUGGUGA